UGAUACCAAUGGCGAACUGUGUCCACGACCCGAAUCACCCUUAUCCACUCCUUCAAAUGCGGGUGACAAUGACCGAUGUGUUGAAAUCAUUGUGAUUCUUUAAAUAACAAUAUUUUCCCUAAUUCCACUGAAAUCCGGGGGAAAAGAUGGAGGCUGGGGUGAGAGUGAGGGCGUUAAUACUCUGUCACCAGACUCAAGGCCAUCCCAAAUAAUUUCCAAAUAAGUGAUAAAUGAAUAAUUAACAGAAUGUGAAUUAAUGUUAAUCGCGAAACAGUGAGUGAGUCUAGUCCACUCGACAUUAAUGACGACCUAACAUCUAAUCAAACCAAAUAAAUUAAUAAAUUAGGACAAAAGUAAUUAAAAAAUCCAAGUUGAAUGUCAAUUGUGGAUAAUGGGUUAUGUGACCCUCUAGUCUGCGGCCUGAACCUUCGAUACUCAUAACAUCAAAGAGAAUUGACUGGAAAAAAGUAAUAGGAGAAAUCCAUGAAUUCUGUUAAUCCGGUGCUUAAUAAUUAAUCUAGUCCAAGAGUUGUUGACGGGGUGGGAAGCCAAAAUACCCCCAAUAGACCAAAAUAAUCCUCUGGAAUUGAAAAUCUAAUGAAAAUCAAUAUUGAUAUUUUAAACCUAUUUUAGUAUUAGCUAGAUGAGAGGAAUGAAUGAAUUAGUUAAUGAAAAAUAAAAUAAAUUCCAAUUAUGGAGCACAGUGAUCCCGGUGGGGUAUCGAAAACUGAAAUCUCUCCUCGUCUCAAGCAGAAGAAGAAAUCCCUUUGUCAAAUUUUAAUGAAUAAAAAAACAAGGGUUGGCUGUAUGGAGGUAUCGUACAAGGAUUCGGAGUCUCAUGACACUUCGAAAAUUGAAAACUCUCAAGCCUCGCACACGAGCACCAAAUUAUCCCUUUGCUGUGCUAUGACCGAAAGGAGUAGAACACCCCCACAGAGCAUGAGUGCAACCAGGCUGUCACCGACGUUAAGUCGUGCAUCGGUUAAAUCGGAAAUAGCAUCGAUCAAUGGAAAUUGCCGGGCUAGUGCUGUAAUCGAGAGGAAUGAACAGGUGCCGGUGGUCAAAAUGAGGAGUAGCAAGUGUUGUCAUGAGUGCGGAGUCAGGAGAAGUAAUACGACGGGGAAGGACCAUCGGAAGAGUGCCUACACUGAUGGAGAACAGUCGUCUUCAGAUUCAGCCUCCCCGAACAUUUCUAUGCAGAUGAAGCACAAGUUAUUGCACAGAAGAUCAGUAGAUAAUAUCGUCGUAAAUUCGCCAUCAACUUCGUUAGAACAUUCCAGUCCGGAGUCCGUAAAGAGUGUACCAAUCCGAUUAAAACCGAGAUCAACGUCUCACGAUGCCAUUGCUAGGAAGAAAGAUCGUUUGUUGCACCAUGAGGGGGCUGCAUCAAUGGACAGUCUGGCUAAGCAAGCUUUACUAGCUGCACAAGUUCUCAAUUUAAUUCCCACCCAGAAAGCUCGGGAAAGGAAUUUCUUGCAUGGUCGUGUCGCCGCUAACUCUCUCCUGGGCCCCCUGGAGCUAGAAAAAGUCCUGCCAAAUCGUGAAAUCAAGAUUUUCGUGGGCACAUGGAACAUGAAUGGUCAAAGUCCCCCAAAAGAAUUGAACGACUUCAUGCUACCCUCCGAAAUCCAAACGAUUCCCGAUAUCCUGGCCAUUGGAACUCAAGAGUCCUGCUCGGAGAGAUCAGAAUGGGAGGCAGCACUCCAAGAAACCCUGGGCCCCUCCCACGUAUUGUUAACCAGUACAAGUCUUGGAACACUCCACCUAGCCCUGUUUUUACGUAGGGAUCUUGUCUGGUUCUGCUCAGUACCCGAGGAGGACAGCUUUUCCACUAGACCUGGGACGGCUUUCAGAACUAAAGGAGCCGUGGCACUCGCACUCAUCAUCUUUGGCACUAGUUUUCUCUUCGUUACUGCUCAUCUCACGGCACAUCAGGACAAGGUCAAGGAGAGAGUGCAUGAUAUCAAGAAGAUCGUCCGGAAUCUUGAUUUACCCAAGGAAUUACCGACCAAGCAUAGCAAAAGUAAAGAUGUGACACAGAACUUCGAUUGCGUCUUUUGGUGUGGAGACUUGAACUUCCGUCUAGCUCAACCCCGUGAGGAGGUAAUCCAGUGGGUGUCAGACGCAUGUUUUCCGCAAACAACUCCUGUAAAUCUCAGUAAAGAUCAACUACGUAUGACAUUAAACGAGGGCGCGGUAUUACGUGGCUUCGAGGAGGCACCAAUAACAUUUCCACCGACCUACAAAUACGAUCCUGGCACACAGACAUUCGAUUCAAGCUCCAAGCAACGUGCACCAGCAUACACAGAUCGUAUUUUAUUCAAGGGAAAGGGACAUACUCGGGGCUAUAUGAGACGAGUGAGUCAUGAUACUUCAAACUCCCAUAAAGAUGGCAGUAUCGAGUGUUUGGUGUAUGACUCGGUACCUAGUAUUUGCACGUCCGAUCAUAAACCAGUUUGGGGGGUAUUCAAGACCACCGUAAGGCCUGGAAUCGAUACAAUACCUCUAGCUGCUGGACUGUUUAAUCGAGACGUGUACCUUGAGGGAAUUAAACGACGUGCAAUUGCCAUGGGUGACUCAUAUAGCUCAUCAAAAGUUUGCGCACUGCAGUAAUCAAAUUUUGACAUCCAUUCUAUGGAAAAUACUCCUUCAAUUAUUCAGGCCAGUUGGGCACGGAAAUUGAGGUUUUGCAUAAUUUUUUUUUCAUCGACUUCCUAUUUGUUUUUCUGUUACUUUUAUUGAAACAUGAAAUAUAAAUUCUCUGUUUUUAAUACUGCGAUUUUUUCUAGAAACGUUCACUAGAAAAAGUUUCUAUCCAAGUAUAUUGAUUUGACAAGUAAAAUAUUAAACUCAAAAUGAAGCAGGUUGCUGCAGCCUGGGAAUAGUCCAUCAUCAAGAGAAUUAAAAAAGAUCUCGUAAAUUCAUGCAAACCUCAAUCCAUUGAAUUUUUGAAAAUGUUUUUUUUUCUUUUUACCUAAACCUGCUUUAUGUGGCAAGAAUGAGAAUAGUAAUUAAACUAAUGGGAGAAAUGCUGGGCUUCAAUUGAUCUAGUCGAAAGAAUAAUUCACAUUUAUUGUGUGAAUAACAAAACUUCACUGAUGAACGUUCAUUUUAUCAAUAUUUCUCGAUUUUUUAUAGAGUAAUUAAAGUGAAGAGCUUUGGAUUUUUUAAUAGAUUUUAUUAGAUAGGACAAUUCAUUACUAGGGAAUACUGUAAUCAGAAUAUAAUACGGGGUAUCUUCAACACUUUAAAAUUCGGGACAAUAAGAAUUUGAUAAUGAAAAUUACGGUUCUCCAGAAUUGAUUUCUGAACAAUUUGAUUUUGUGAUUUUUAUGACGGUAAAUUAUUCUGUGGACCUACUCUGUCUCUCGUAAUGAGUGAUGGUUAUCAAUGAUGUAUUUAAAAAACCACCGAGAAGACACGUCCAACAGUAUUUUGCACUCUCUAAGCUGUAAUAUAAUAUUAAGUUCCAAGUGACUACCCUUUUCAUUGCUAGAAUUUAAUUCCGAUAUUUUUGCUAACGUCAUAAUUUUUAAAUUAAUAAGUUUGCUUGUGAUUCGUGAUGAAUAAAAAUUUUCAUGAGAUCGUGUUAAGGAAAUCUUACAGGAAGAUGUUCUAACGCAAUAUAAAACAUUAAACAUUAUAGAAAAAAAGGUGCUUGUAGACAAGAUUAUUUUCUGUGAGAAAUCCUCCGGAAAAUGUCUUCUAUAGGAAAAAUAAAUUUCUAAAAAAAUUAAGACGAUUCCCUCAGGCAUCUUCGAAAUUCUGAGAAAAUUUUUGAUACCUGUGGUGAUAGUAAACUCACAUUUCAUCGUUUUAUUUCUGCACAAGAGUGAAUGUAAUCAAAAUUAUAUUCUGAUUUUCCAUUACAAAAAUUAUUCCUUGGAUACUGAAAUCGCAAUGCGAGAAGUUCCUAAAACUACUGCUAGACGGAUGGGAGGUAAUGAAAUAGACAAAAUAUUGAUGUAUAAUAGACAAUACAUGGAAUGUAAAUCAAAUGCGCAGGGGUAAUUUAUGAUUGUUUUGCUGAGCAAGAUAAGUACAUGUUUAUUGACGGGACUAUCCUCAUUAAACUCAGUUAUUCUCCGUGUUAUCGAAUAUUACUCAAUGAUAAAUAUUAUCAAAAUCUCGUCGAAUUCACUGAUGAGAAUAUUCUAAAGGUUUCUCGAUAUUUCGAGGCGGGCUGCUUCUCCAUAACAGAUCGUGAAUCUUAUAACUUUGGAUAUGCAUUGAGUAACAGAGUGUUGAUGCAAGAUAAACCAAUUUUCGUUGAAACGAGCUAUAUGAAAAAAAUAUUUCGAAAUGUAGAAGGGAUAAAAAGUUAUGUAUUUUUUUAUCAUCAAGUGAGGACCGCAAAAAUUAUCAAAUUAAUUGUGGGGAAGUUCUCCCUUUCAGGGGGUAUCUUCCCCAAGAUUAUUCUAAUAACAAUUGCCUACACAAUGAAUUUGGGGAAUAAUUAAAAUAGUGUGAUAAAUAUUUACGAAAAUGUUAACGAAAUUAAUUAAAUGUAAAAAUUAACUAAAUGUAAUUCUGCGUGGCAAGAUUUGAUGGAAUAUAAAAGAAAUUAAUUGAGUCAAUGUAAUUUUGUUUUCAUAUUGUACAUUAAAAAUAUUCCACGUUAUUUUAUUUAUUCAACUGCGCAUUAAUAUGUUAUACCGUUUUACCGGGGCUUCCCAACAAUAUUCUAUCCUUAAAUAACCAGAUAACAGCAUGGCAAAGAACGAUAAUAAAGUAAAAUAAAAUUUGAAGUUUCCAACAAUAUCAAUCAGUAAACUAGAGAUAAAGCAUUCAAGAUAUUCUCAUCAACUUAAGUUCCACAUAACAUUUAUGUUAUCUCCCUCCAAUCUCGAAAUAUUUUUUAAGGAAAUUAGCUGUAAAAUUACCGAAUUCAGCAAGUUUCAUCACUCUGUUGUUAAAUGAAAUAUUGAAAAAUGCGCAGUUCUCCAAAGAUAAAAACAAAUAUAUGGAUAAAAAGAAUCGGCCAAUAUCGAGGCGACGUAAGAGGAUAUGCCUUACUACAUGCCUUACUGGAAAAUGGAAAAGAAUUAAGAAAUUGUCGCUAUGAAGUGCUUCUGAUCGAUGCCAAUAUAUUUAAUCUCUAGAUUCAAAAUUGUUGAUAUCUUAAUCGUUUGAUUGAUAAAAAAAAUAUUUCAUGGAAAUUAUUAUCGUAUAACCGUAAUACCAGAAAAGACUCACAAAAAGUGCUAAAUGUACAUCAAGUAUAAGACUGUAUCUCUGACUUAUUGGUACACGUGAAUUUUUUUUCUAUGAAUGCACUGUUGUCUACUGUGAUACCUAAAAUUUGAUCUAUAACACAUGAAGUAAUGGAGGAAAAUUGUGGGUACUUGAAAUUACGUCGAAGGUCCUUUAAUUAGCCAAAUAUAAACCAAUAAUUGACCUCGUAAAUACACCAAACACAGUGAUAAAAUACAAUGUUUAUAUUUUAGGAACUUAAAGCAGUACUGCACAAACUUUUCAAUAGAAUGUCGUAUUUAUGAGUUUUCUAUGUUGCAUCAUCAUGAAUAACAAAUGUAGAAUGUUUCUACUGAAAUAAAGAGACUCCAUUAUCGAAUUUUCAAAUUAAUUUUCCAAGAAAUGGGACACAAGAUAUGUUUCCAUGUCCAAUCCAAUUGGACACGUCUGCAAUGUGCACCCAAAAAAAAUAUUACACAUCUACUACAAAAUUCUAUUUUCUAUUCCCUUUUGUUUGGAUAUUCUAUCUCUUUUUACCGUGUAUUAACAAUAUUGAGGUAUUUUUGAUUGAAAAUUGGAAACAAAAAAAUGCUCGGCCCAUAAUAAAGAUUCCUGUAUUAUCCGAGUUGAUAGCGCGCGCUGAUCAAGCAUAGACCACAAAGCUCGAACCUAGACUUCCUAUAUUCUCGGAGAUUCCUGACCCACGACACUACCCAUCUAGUGUCCAUCUAAAUUCCUCCUCCUCGAAAUAAGUUGCAACCGUGCAAACAGAGGCGAAGUGGAUUCAACAGAGACAGAAAAGCCGUAUUAAAGAGAGCUUGUCCGGGGGCAAAAUCGUGUCGACGGAGGGCGAUUAAAAUCGUCGCCAUUUUGUUUAUUUUUCCUGACUGUUUCAAAGGUAAAAUAUAUAAAGACGCUCAUCAACGUCAAUCAAUUUUUUGAGUAAUACGAUCAAAAGAGAACGAAUAUAACCAUAAAUAAGUGUGUUAGUGAAGCUAAUCCCGAGAGACUAUACUGAGACACUCGGGGUCACCUGUCUCUUGAACAAAAAAAAACAUCGUAAUAGUAUCGAACUCAACUAAACCCAAACGUGGCAUUUUCUAUCGCGAAACCUGUGAUAAUCACCCAUGAACACCUCAUAAACAAAAUCCCUCAAGAAUAAAUCAAUGAAAGACAAAGAUUCGUGUCGAAAAAGAGAUAGACAAUUCCUCCUAAAGGCCCUAACCAAUUGUGAAAAUUCAACACGUCGACCUUUCAUCGUUCCCACCAAUUCAAUUAAAAUAUAAAGCUUUGUAAAAAAAGUGCCCGGAAAUAAUCCUGUGUCGCAUCACCCAAUAACACCGGUGUUCCUGGAGUAAAUCAUAAUUUUCCGUCACCCACAUCAUAAAAACAACCGGGGGUUGCAAUCCGGUCUCUCUCCAACCGUUCAGUCUCCCCCUCUCGGUGUUCCGCGGAAGCGCAAAGCACGACAUUUCUUGUUGGCAUACACACACAUAAAUACAUACCACACUGAAAGCCCCAGUUGGAGCAUAAAAAGUGCCGUCGGAGGGGAAAUAAGAGAGGAGACAAUUUUUUCUCUCAACUUCGUCGUGGCAAGUAAAUAAUUAUCCGGUGGCAUCGUCGGACAUACGAUAAUUUGUGUCUGAAUACAGUGGGGGGGG